GGAGAAGCCAGGAGGUAAGGUCGUGCCUUACUGAGUCCACGAGCGAGGAGGGAGAAACGCUAGCGAUAAACAACAAGGAGAUUAUGGCACCAAAGAAACUAAUUCUAUUGAAUGAAAAGGAACCUGAAGCACAAAGAACUAACAUGCAAUCCCAUGGGCAAGGUGAUCCGACAUGUUUUGGCAAUGAGCCAGUGCGAGACACACCAAGUGUGCGCGACACACCAAGUGUGCGCGACAGACCAAGUGGACAUCAACAUCAAACAGCAGAUAAUCGAAUUGGGACAACUGAGUGGUGUAGGUGUGGCAAUUGUGUGCCCAUGAAAACUGUGGAGGAAUCCUCUUGUUGCAUGGAAGUAUCAUCUGUGGAAAAGAAAUAUCUACAACAUGGGUGCAUCUGCCAUAGCAGGAAAUUUUACCUGAGGUGUUUACGUAAAUCCCACCUGGAAUACUUGCAAAUAUUUUGGAACAUGCAACGCCCCACAGGUGGAAUAAGCAGCCACAACAGAAAAUUACGACAGACUUCCUAUCGGUCAUUCAUCGCCUGGAUUUAUGGCUUCUUAGGGCCCAAGAAACGUGUGCCUAUUCCAGCCUGUGUCGUUCAAAAAGUCCGCAGCACUUAUCCAGACCCCAAAGGCCGGUACAGAGGAUUUCUACAGGCAUUUGACUAUAAUGCUUUUGAUAUGGCUCUGGACUGAUGACUUUUGUGAUUGUUUAUUUGUCAUUGAUGUUUGAAU